CAUGUCCAUAGGGUGGAAGUUUGGCGCUGUUGCACCUUCAUACCUUCACAAUACACAGCAGAAGAAGUGGUAUGGAUAACCAAUGCAAGGCGAUGGGUCUACCUGACUCCUGCUGACCUUAAGUGGCGAUUGGCCCCCACAGCCACCUGUCAAGUAAAAACAUGCAAGGAUUUUACUCCAAGUUGGACUCCUCCCCCUCUUCCUCUCCUUUGUUGGGGGUGGGCCAUGGGCGGGAAGGCGCUCCAGUUCCUCUCAGUCUGGCGGUGGAGACGGAGAAAGCUCAGGCCCUGCUACAGACGUUCAGUUCUGCCUCUUUGCUGGCGUCAGCAGGACUUGGUAUGUUCUGUGUGGUGGCGGACCACACCCUCCAGCUAUCAGUGAUUCAGCACCACCUGUGGCUGCGUGCAGCUUUGGACAACGCCACGCACGGGUUAAUAGGACUGUGGUCGUGGGCCGUUGUUAUUGGACUGAGGAAAAAGAGCGAUCUGUACGAGGUGCUACUGGCUGGUCUUCUGGCAUCAAUCAUAGACCUGGACCACUUCUAUAUGGCUGGAUCCCUAUCACUCAAGGCUGCCGUCUCGCUCCCCCAGCGUCCUCCUCUCCACUGCUCCUCCCUCAUCCCCGUUCUCUGCCUCACCCUCCGCUUCCUCAUGUGGAUGGGGCGCCUUAAAGAUGCUUGGUGCUCCUUGCCGUGGAUGCUUUUUAUUUCCAUGGCGACGCACCACGUCCGGGAUGCGGUCCGCCACGGCCUGUGGGUGUGCCCCUUUGGCAACACAGCACCGCUCCCUUAUUGGCUGUACGUGAGCACCACUGCGACGCUCCCUCACCUGUGCUCAGUGCUCAUGUAUCUGACAGGGACCAGGGAUGUGAUCUCCACCAAACACGGGGUAGCCAUUGAUGUUUAGAUGUCAGCGACUUAACAGCAACACUUAAUGCUGAUGUGAUACGGAUCAGCUGUGGGGAAACAAAACCUGGUUUUUGUUUGAAACCAUUUUUAAUACUUGAAAUUACCGCAGAGAACAUCUGAAAGAUAAGGUAAAGAUCAUAUGAUACUCAAAUUCACAAUUUGCUUUGGGUUUUCACUUACAGAAACAUUUGUGCAUCUCAGGAGUGGAACAUUCUGAACAGGAGUGCCAAUCAUGGAUUAUUCUACGGUAUACAAAUGUGUCAGAAUCCUGUGGACUCUCCUGAAGAGUGAUGUCCUCUCUUCUAACAGCCUGGAGUGUUUGAGCGGUGGUCCUUUUUAAAGCGCUGACAUAUUGUUUUAUGACGACCGGUCUCUGAACUGUCACUUUCCAUCCUCAUCCCAAGAACACUCAAGGAAAGCCAACCAAAGGUCAACAGGCUGCACGGCACUGGCAUAUUGUCAUCGGUGCUUUUUCACUCUCAGUUGUGUACAGCGCCACCCACGCAUUUAAAAACGUCUCAUCAGCAAGAGUGACGAAAAUGUUUGUGUUCUCUCUUUGAUUUUAGAGUACGUUUUAAAUCACUACCACAUUCCUGUGACAUAUCCAGAAGUUAACACGUAAAAACGUGUAAAAAAAAAAAAAUCAAAUGUAAUAUCCACCUCUACCACUUUAGCAGACUCUUUUUUUGCUGCUCCAAUGAGCCUUACUCUUAUGUCCACGGUACUUGAAGCCAGCCUUUCAGCGUUGACCAAGUAAAUCAUAGUUUUAAAUCAGAAACGGUUGUAACAUGGACUAAAGCAGAACCUUGUUUUUGUGUUGCUUUACGUUUGGAAAAGCCGCUCACAGGUUUCAAUCCAAAGCAGCAGUCCUAUUGUUGUACUUGUUAAAUCAUCUCUUAUUCUGUGUGCCUCUUUUCGGAAAGUGAGAUGUGUUCCACUUUUGAGAGACACAGUGCUGAACAUGCAGUACAGUUCAGAUCCCUGGCUUCCUUCUGGUGAACAACUAACAGAAAAACUGCUUUCAUUUUUUACAGCUUUUCUUAUUUAUUUUUGUUUCUUUUUUUAAGUUAUAUAUACAUUACCAAUCAAACGUUUGGACACACCUUCUCAU